CUGGAGGGAGGAGAGGGAGGAGAGGGAGGCUGAGGCGGGCUCGGGUUUCACUGAGGCGCACUGACUGCAAAACCUGCCGCACCGCGUGCGCUCCCACAGAGCAGAGCGCGCGGGACGAGGAGAGCCGAGGAGGAAGAGCCGCGUCCAGCAGGCCAGCAGCUGCUGAUGAACUUACUCUUUAUCUACUCCUCAUCACGCAGAGAGGCAGAAGAAGAAAGCAGGAGUUUGAAUUCAAGCUUUUAGUUUGGAACUUUGUCUUUUUCUUGUGGAUAAAUCUUGAGUGAGAAUGGAAGCAGACCAGACGCGGAGGACUGCGGGUCCAGCAGGUGAGCAGAGGAGGAAGAGCGCGGAGCAGCAUCCAGCCUCAAAGCAGCCCCCGCGGAUAAGCUGGAGACUCUGGUCGGCUGUCAGCGGCUGCAUCGGGGCCUCCUUUCUCUGCUUCGGAGUUUGCGUUUUGGUUUUCCUGCGCAGCUCGGAGCUGCAGACCAGGAUAGUAAGCGUGGAGCAGCGGCUGCAGGACGCGCAGCUGUCCGCGUGGAUGUUGAGUCCAGAGCAGGUGGAGCCGUUCAUUCUGGCCCGACUGGACCAGAUCCUGGAGGAGAAACUUUCAGCACGAUUGGCGAAGACGCGGGAGGUGAGGGAAGCUCCCUAUGGCUGCCUGUGUCCCCCUGGACCUCCGGGCCCUCCUGGACGAGCAGGCUUUCCGGGGGACAAAGGAAGCAUGGGAAUUCCUGGAAGAAUGGGCUUAAAAGGACAAGCAGGGGAGAAGGGAUCCCCAGGUGAGCCAGGCCUAUCGAUUAUUGGACCCCGAGGACCGCCUGGACAACCUGGCACAAGAGGAUUUCCAGGUUUUCCAGGUCCCAUUGGGUUGGAUGGCAAGCCUGGCCAGAACGGGCCGAGGGGAGACACAGGUCCGCGUGGUCCAAUAGGACUUCCGGGAGAACCAGGACCCAAAGGGGAAAAGGGUGUAUGUGGAGACUACACACACCGGGGUCUCUUUGUGCAGGAUCUUCCUCUAAAAACCCUGGCUGCCUUGCGUUCCAGUCAGGCUCUUACGUUGAAGCAGGGUGAACCAGGAGUGCAGGGACCCCCAGGACCACCAGGACCCCCCGGACCCCCUGGAACCCCGGGGCUUGAUGGUGCCAGCGGUGCUCCAGGUAAACCUGGAGAACCAGGAAAACCAGGAAAAGACCCGAGGCUAUUACAAGGACUAAAGGGAGAGCCAGGUGUUCCAGGACAAAAGGGGGAUGGAGGUGAUGCUGGCCCCCCAGGUCCCGAAGGCCCUAAGGGAGAUGAAGGAAAGAGAGGUUUCCCAGGAGAGAGGGGCGAAAAGGGAGAGCCAGGUUUCCCGGGUCCCCCGGGGCUGAAGGGCCAGCCUGGAAUCUCUGGUAUACCUGGCAUUCCUGGCAAAAGAGGCUACAGGGGGGAGAAAGGGGAGCCGGGAGCUUUGCCUCAGGGAAUAAAAGGAGAGCCAGGUUCUGCAGGACUGCCAGGUCCCAUGGGACCCAAGGGUGACAAAGGUGAUAAGGGUGAUGCAGGGCCAGAAGGUCCAGAUGGACAAAAGGGUCCCCCAGGCCCAGCUGGAGAGCCAGGACGAGCUGAAAUCCAGAGCAGUGAAAAUGACAUCCGAAACAUACCGCUGAUGGGUCCCCCUGGAUUGCCUGGACCACCAGGACCAUCUGGUGUGCCUGGUACCAAGGGUGAAGUCGGGCUACCAGGUGCUCCAGGAGUGGAUGGAGAGAAGGGACCUCGAGGGAAGCCCGGAGAGCCUGGUCCAAUGGGUCCAGCUGGUCCUGAAGGUCCCAGAGGAGAGAGGGGUGUCAUUGGCUUAACAGGACCCAAGGGGGACAUGGGUCCAUCUGGAGCCCCUGGUUUAGAUGGCCCUACAGGUGAAAAGGGGGCUGCAGGGGCCCCUGGCCCUGUUGGAUUACCUGGCACAACGGGUCCCAAAGGUGAAGCAGGAGUUGGAGGAAGGUCAGAAAUGAUCUACGGCCCUCCAGGGCCUCCUGGACCUCCAGGACCAGUCGGCCCUGCAGGAUCACAGGGAGCCUCAGGACCAAAGGGAGAACCGGGCAUAGGAAUCAAAGGAGAGAAGGGAGCGUCGGGUCAGAAGGGCGACAAAGGAGACAGAGGCCAUCUUGGGCUCCCUGGGGCUCAUGGGUUAGACGGCAGACCAGGUCCAGUGGGUCUAAUGGGACCAGCGGGUAUGCCCGGGCCAGCAGGACCAAAGGGGGAGCGGGGUGAAAGGGGAGAAUCAGGAUUACCAGGACCAGCAGGACCACAAGGCAGCCCGGGAUUACUUGGACCCAAAGGAAACCGGGGAGAGAGGGGCAAGAAAGGCGGCAGGGGGGCCAAAGGGGAUAAGGGAGACCAAGGAGCACCUGGAUUAGAUGCCCCUUGUCCGUUGGGAGACGAUGGCUUACCCGUACCAGGAUGUUGGAAUAAAGGUCAGCAUCCAUUCCAGCUGGCUAAGAAGUAGCUCCACCAGGAUCUUUCCAUAAAGUUGAAGGACUCUGCAGAGUUCUGACCCAGACCUGGAGUUGUCCUUUAGGAGGCUGGACUCAAAGACUUGCAUUGUUUGAGUCUCAUUGUGCAGAUGACUUUCAGAGGUCUGUGUUCAUCCUGCAGCUCAUCAUCUCAGACUCUGUGGACACGAGUCCAGGAUAUUCUCCCCAUCAACGGCCUUUCUCAUUUGCCUAUGCUUAGAUUGAGUUUUUUCUCAGUGGUAGUAAAAUCAAGGCAUAGACACUUUGACUGACACCAUGUGUUGUGUUUGAAGUGACAUUGUUACUGUGGUACAGAACUGAGGGGCAGCUCACAGAGCAGAGGAUGUUUCCAUAAAAAAGCAGCAAAUAUGAUUCCUUUUUCACAGAAUCUGACCUUUUCAGAAGGAUCCCUUUACCUGCUGCUGUUAUAGAUGUAAAAGCUGUGAAGGGAAUCCUUUGAAACCAGCGUCACGUCAUGCCUGGAAGCGUUUUCUUUCUUUUGUUAUUUUGUACUGAGGCGUGAGAUGACCCCAUGAUGUUUGUGUAAGUAUUGUACAAACUGAGAGAAAACAUGUGUAUACUUGCUGUAAAUAAUGCAUUAUAAAGAAUGUGCAGAAAGGGAAUCUAUAUUGUUACAGAGCGGCAUUUUUUUCUUUUUUGACAAAUGAUUCACUUUGUGAGCUAUUUUAUCCCUUCUCUUAGAGUUUUACAACAUUAUGUACAAUAUUUCUCAUUUAAACCGACGUUACACAAAACAAAACCACACGCAGAAUGAGUGAACAUGAAAAUGGGAGCAAAGCAAACAAGCAAUCUCUGUUUUUUUCUGCUGUUUUUUUUCACUUUUUUCACACAUUUGCUGGUGAAAAAAGUCUAAAUUUGAAAGAAAAACAAAAAAAUUCUAUGAUAGAAUAAAGAGCUUUCCUGUUAGGUUUCAAAUCAAUGUACAAAAGCAUUCCUUGUGUCAUAUUGACAGCAGCCACACAAACAUGACGUAGUAUUUUCUUUUUCUUCGUUUCUGUCCUCUCUUCUUCCAGCUUUCCACUUCAAUAGUUUGGAAUUGAAGCAAAGUAUGUGUUUGAACAUAUUGUUUGUAUUUAGAAUUGAACAUAUCACAGCCAAGAGAGCUCAAAAUGUAAAAAAAUAUUACAAACAAAUGAGCGAAGAUGGGAAAAUGUCACACCUUCUGUUCGUUUUUGUUUUUUUGUCCUUUUACCCCAUAAACUGUUUGUGUCUUGGUUUUUAUUUACAUGAAGUGAAUGAAUUAGCUGAACUGCAUUGUGUUUGUCAUGUUUUGUCCCAUAAAGUUUCUCCUAAACGUUUUGCUGAGAUAAUAUCCCGUCACAAAGUUAAGUAGUUUUGUCAGCUAUCAGGUGUGUUUAGUUUUACUUCAUUUUUUGUGUUUUUGGUUGAUUUAUAUUUGAUGAAUUUAAUCCAAAAAACCAUUCAAGCCAAAUAGAAUGAAUUGAUAAAACGCCAACAUUUCUUUACCUCUUUACACCAGUGAGGUUACAUAUUUGUGUCACUUUAUCAUCGUUGUUUUUAACGUCAGCAGCUACUUUGAGGUGAAAAUGAGAGAAAGAUUCUGGUUGUGGAUUGAUUUUGAGAGACAUUAGGGCAUCCUAAACUGUUUAUAUUUUAAAUGUUUAUUUCUUUCUUGUACAAAAA